AUGGGCAACUUGAUCUGGAGUGAUUGGGGGCGGUUAGUCGCCCUCACCGCUGGAUAUUGGAACCUAUGGGGAGCACUAUGGGGUAUAUUUUACCGCAAGUACCUCUGGGACUUUAUAGGCGGUAAACUAGGUCCAGUUGGGAUCAUGCUAAUGAAGUCCUCAGCCGGCAAAUUGCGCUCGGUGACUAUUGUCCUUGCAUAUCUGAUCCAUCGGUACCGGUGGAGCCUGAAGAAAGCGUAUGCGCAUGUGUCUGAACGGCGGGCGGGGAUCUGUACGAAUAUCAGGUUUUUGGCCAAGUUGAUGAGCUUUGAGCAGCGCAAAAUGAUGCCCAAGACCCACUCCGUCCUUGGACCCCACCGAGCCAACAGUUUCUGCCCAGGCAAAAGCGGGCUUCUUGGCCACCUAAAGAGCGCGCGCUUGGUCUCCCACCAUUAUCUGUCCUCUUCGUCCACCUCCACCUCCGUCUCUGCCAGCGUCCUGUCGCCGAAACGCAUCGAACCCCACUCCCCACGCCCCCAUCCCGACCAUCAACAGCACCAGCACCAGGCGGAGGAGGAGGGAGGCCACGGCGAAGCCUUCGCGGCUUACUCCUUCGGCCAAAAGCCCCUCCCACCAACCCUCCUCCGCGCCCGUCCCCCACCCACCAAAUCCUACUCGCUCGACCUCGACCGCUCCCAUUGCUUCAGAGUCCGCUCGCUCGCCGUCGCUGCUAAGACCGACUCCUUUGCCCCCCCUCUGCCCCCUUCUCAGCCCCCCCGAGACAACCUUGCCAACCUCGAUAACCGCCUCCUGAUCUCUCCCGACCGUGCGUCCCCCCGUUCGGUCUUCAGCAGAGGGCCCAGAGACAGCUUGGGCGCUUCUCCGAAUGGAAGUCGACCUUACCCUUGA